AUGCGGCGAGCAGGGCAGAGAGGGGCGGAGAGGGAGCGAACCUCUCAAUGUGCAGCAGCCUGGGGAGGCUAUAUAAGCUGCGCCGGGCGCGGGCCGUUUUGUGCAGGGGCAGGCUUUUCUGCGAGCUGGAGGGCCUUCGGCCUAGCCCCGCUGCGCAUGGAGACAGCGGAGCGCGCGGAGAGCGGGGCCGGCGAGUGCGCGCACUGCUGCCGCCUGCAGCCCGCGGCCCCCGAGGGCCCCGCGCGGCACGGGAGCGCGGACUCCGGAUCCGGAGGCUUCUGGAGACCGUGGAUUGACGCACGAGGAAAGCAGGAGGAGGAGGCCCCGCACCACGCCGAGGAGGUGAUGCCCGGGAUGACCGAAGCCUCUGGAAAGCUUUCGCGAUACAAGCACCCAGUCAGACUAUUUUGGCCAAAAUCAAAGUGUUAUGAUUACUUAUAUCAAGAAGCAGAAGCUCUUCUGAAAACUUUUCCAAUUCAAGCCACAAUUUCAUUUUAUGAAGAUUCUGAUAGUGAAGAUGAAAUUGAGGAACUGGCCUGUGAAAAUUAAUCUGAUUAGUUACUUUUGAUAAUAUUAAACAUUUGUAGGAUUUAAAUUUAGUGUGCAAAUAUAUCAUAAUUCUUUAAAUUUAUUUAUUUGUAUGUAAAUUAUUAAUAAAAUGAAUAU